AAGCCACAGCCACAUGAACCGCUUUCUCCACUGCUGCUGGCGCUUACUUUUGACACACAACUCCAAACUAUCGGACGUGUCACUUUUUUAGUGUUUUCAUUUUCACUUAUUAUUUGCAACAAAACCCCUUCAGCAAAAACCAACAGAGAAGAUGGCUUCUAUGCAAAGGAUGCGUUUCGCCAACGAGAAGGCCAUGAAGAACGUGUUGAACCGCGGAAACGUACCCAAAACAACGAAACCGGAGAAGGAAAACUACCCAGUGGGACCAUGGCUGUUGGCCCUCUUCAUCUUCGUCGUCUGCGGCUCUGCAGUCUUCCAAAUUAUCCAGUCCAUCAGAAUGGCAUAAAUAUGGAAACAACAGAUAAACCACCACCCCUCAUUUUUUGCGUUUCACAAUAUGCCACAUUGCUGGAUGAAAAUUAGACUUUAAGUACCAACAUUGCUCAUAUUGUCUCAAUGUGGAAUAUUAUUAUUUGAUUUUCGUUUGUUGCAAUAUUAUAUAUGAAUAUAUUUUUUUUAUUUUUA